GGAGCUCAAACCGCACUAUUCGGACGCCCGAAGUAGUUGCCACCAACCUCACCUCUCCACACGCCUGCGUCGAGCCUGUUGAGGACGUGACAUAAAUUUUCAUCGUCCCCCUUGGCUUCCACAGCCACGAUCCCGAAAUCGGCUGCAAGCUUGUCGACGCCGCCGGGAUCGAAUCCCAAAGUUUCGGGAACGUUUUCAAGCACUUUCUCCUUCCGUCCAUCCUCGGCACGCAGCAUUACAAUCCCGUACAGCAGGAUUGCAAAUCCAGGCCGAAGAGCGACUAUCGUUCUUCGGGACGCCGCACUGGACGAUCGUCAUACCCACCGGCUCCAUGAACGCCUAGCCCGUCACUUGACUGCCGGCAUGGAUAAGCCCACAAUGCAUGAAUUGUGGGAUCCAGUCGAUGCGGGCAACCCCGGCAUCACCCUCACCGAUCUCGCGGAUGCAGCGGCUAAGGCCGUGCCGGAAGGUGAAGUCGACAAUGCCCAUGACCGAACGCCAUGUCCGCGACGAGAGCGGCCAGCAGAUCGGGCGCCCGCUUAUGAGAAGGGGGUGCAGACUGCGCUGGAGUAUCUUUUCAACGGACGGGAUAUAGACGCGAGGGGGCCAGAGAGGGGCAGUGCGCUUGCUGCUGACGGCGACUUGCGGCCAGAUGUCGCGAGAGACAAGGCGAAGAGGAUGAAUCUGUUCCAUAAUCGCAGAGGGCUGAGGGGAGUUCGAAUGUUAAUACGUGAUUGUUGCGAGGGAGUCGAUCACGAUUGAGAGGUGGGUGAAGGGGGAGAUUGGAGAGAGGAGAGGGGCGUGGAAGUGGUGGGCAGAAUGGGAGGUAAUGGCUCGUAAUGAGAGGAGAUGGUGGCACUUCCUGCUCGCCGGCAUAUCUCCUCCAAUCGGUCGUGGUGAUUAAGGAUCAUGACCGCGCAUAGGACCU